AUGGGAGUGGGAGGAGGGGGGGGGGGAGAGGGGGGAGGAAUUGGGGAGUGGUUGGGGUUUGGGUUGGUGUUGGUUGUAUGGUGUAUUUUGGGGUUUGGGGGGAAGGGGUGGAGAGGUGUUGGUGAUGGUAAAGUAGUUGUUGUGGUGAUUGGGUGUGUGGUGUUUGUUUGGGGGUUUGGGGGGGGUGGUGGGGGGUUGGGAUGUUGGGUGGGGGGGGUUUGGUGUUUGUUGGGGGGUUGGUUUGUUUGGGGGGGUGUGUUUUAUAGGGUGAUGGAUGUUUUGGGGGUGUUUAGGGGGAGGAGGGGGAGGUUGUGGGGGAUGGGGGGGGUUUGUGGGGUGGAUAGGGUAAGGGGGGGGGGUGGGAUAUUGGGGGGGUUGUUGUGGUGUUGGUGGGGGGGGGGUUGGGGGGGGGGGGGGGGGGGGGGGGGGGGGGGGGUGGGGUUUGUGGGGGGUGGGGGGUGGGGUGGGGGGGUUGGGGGGGGUUUGGUUUGUGUGGUUGUUUUGAGGGGGGUGGGUUUUGGGUGUUGUUGGGGUUUUAGUGGGGGGUUUUGUUGGGGGGGGUGUUGGGUGUUUUGA